UGAGUUUUGACAGCUCUUCCUGACAUACUGUAAAGAUGGAGGCUGUUAAAGAGGAAAGUGGAGACAUGAGUGAGACAGAAGCAUGCAGAAUGAAAGAUGAAGAUACGGAGGAACAAAGAGACCCAAUGGAAGUGAAAGAUGAAAGUCGAGACCUGAAUGGGGCGAAGAAGAAGCCUCAUAAAUUAAAAAUGAGGGACAAGUCUUCAAGUUGCUCAGAGACUGAAAAGAACGUUUCACAAAAAAGAACUGAAGCUAAAAGCUCUUUCGCCUGCUCUCGGUGUGGAAAGAGUUUCACACGUAAAGGACACCUUGAGGUUCACAUGGUAAUUCACACAGGUGAGAGACCGUACACCUGCCCUCAGUGUGCGAAGAGUUUCACAUGCAAAGGAAGCCUUAAGGAUCACUUUAGGAUUCACACAGGUGAGAGGCCUUUCACAUGCCCUCAGUGUAGCAAGAGUUUCACUAAUUCAGGAGGACUUAAGAGGCACAUACGAAUUCACACAGGCGAGAGGCCUUUUACCUGCCGACAAUGUCGAAAGAGUUUCCCAAGUUCAGGAGAGCUUAAGAGGCACAUAAGGAUUCACUCUAGAGAGAGGCCUUUCACCUGCCCUCAGUGCGGAAAGAGUUACAAACAAAAAGAAGUUCUUAGGGAACACGCGAAAACUCACACGGGAGAAAGGCCUUUCGCAUGCAUGUUGUGUGGGAAGAGUUUCACACAACAGAGCACAUUAAAGGUUCACAUGAAGGUUCAUUCUGGAGAGAAAUUACACCAGUGCUCUGAGUGUGGCAGGAGAUUUUCAGAGGCCUGCAAUCUCAAAACUCACUUGCUGUCUCACACUGGAGAAAGACCAUUUAACUGUGAGCGCUGUGAUAAGAAGUUUUUUUUGGCCGUUCACUUAAAGACACACAUGAGGAUUCACGAAGAUGAAAGACGUUACGUGUGUUCUUUUUGUGGGAAGAGUUUUUUGUGGCUGCAUGGUUUUAAAGACCAUCAGAAAACACAUAUUGGUGAGAAACCCUACGUGUGCUUGGACUGUGGGAAAACCUUUGCUAGAGCUGCAGAACUGAAAGUGCAUGAACGAAUCCAUACUGGAGAAAAACCUUACAAGUGUUCACACUGUGAAAAGAGUUUCACUCAGUCAUCAGGCCUGAAAGUGCACGAGCGAGUGCACACUGGAGAGAAGCCGUACCUCUGCCCUUCAUGUGGGAAGACUUUCAGCCGAUAUGGUAGUCUAGGGAAACAUUUAAAAAAGGCUUGCCCAAAGUUGAGAAAGUGAGCCAAGUUCUCCUUAAAGUUGUAUAGAAAUAUAAAAAAUGAUUACUAUUAUUUGCACGUGGUAGCAUUUAUCAACUAUACUGAUAUCAGUGUGUGGUAAAACCUUACAAUAAGGUUAUAUUACUUAACAUUGGUUUACUACGUUAGUUAACAUGAACUAACAAUGGAAUUAUGU